CGCCGCUAGUGGCGCAAACGUCACCUGCUAGCGCAGGGUAAGGCCAACAAAGCUGCCGUCUAUACAACAGUCUUGAGAGAAGGAGCAGCGCUGAUCGGCUAUGUAUGAUCCUCUAACACAUGCCUAUAGCACUUGCCUUCUGGCCAGUGCCUGCCUCGGCUGGAUGUCGACGUGGUGCUGGGGCUCUAGACCGGACAAGAUGAGAUGCUGCUGCACCGAGAGGCAAGCUAGCUGUGCUUCUACAGGCCUCGGACACGCGCAGAAGGAAGAUGUGGAUGCGGUGCUUGCACGAGCAAGUAGUAGAGUGCUAUAUUCGUGAGUGAUGGGUAUAUAUGGAUGGACGAGAAUUUGAUGAAGUGU